GCUCGGCUGAAAUGCUGUCACACGGAUUUAAAUCUGAAGCGGCUCAGCCUCUCUCUGUUCUGGCGCAUCUUCCCUCUUGCCCCCCGGCACCAUGGCAACCUGGCCAUGGUAGCCCAGCCUCGGCCAUGGCACCCUGUGCUGCUUUUCCCUGCAUCCCUGUGCCUGAAGGGAUGCUGCUGGGUACCACAUCCCCCCAUUCCCGUCGGGAGCAGUGUGCAGCGGGAGGUGCCGCUGGGAUGCGCGCUGCCUGCCGUGCUGCCUGCGCACCGCCUGGAGGGAAUGAACCAAACCAGGGGUGUUUUGUGACAGUCUUGUGCCUGGGUGUCACCUGCAGGAGAUUUGCAAACCACAGUAAAAAUAAGGGGUUUAGGGACAAAACCUGUUCUUCAACUUCCACAAUUGUUGGAAACGAAGGAGCCAUUUCAAACCUUAACGCAGUGUGGCUCUGCGUCUCGGAAUUUGUUUUCACACAGCUGCCGAGGAGGCUUUCGGAUGAGCUCGGACAGCCACAUUCCAGAGCCAGAUUCUCUCAGGUUUGAGCCGAGUCGUGCGUUCCUCUGUGCUGGCUUUGGCUGAGCGCAGGCUGUGGCUGCCAGGAGCAGGUUCCAUUAACCUUCAUUAAGUGGGGCAUCCCCCCGGCGGAGCUGCGGGGCUGCAGCGCGGGGUUCCUCUGGGUGAUGCCCGUGCCCGCUGCGCGGCUGCUGGGGGGGCUGGCAGCGAUGGCAUUCCUCAGCAGCCUGCGCUGAAGGGAAGCAGCGAGCAGCACUUCCAGCCCAGGAGCUGCUGUGGGGAGUUGGGAGCAGCAGUGCCAGCGGGAGAGCUGGACUUGGCAUCCGAGCGCCAACAUCAACCAGAAAGAAAUCUCUCAAGAUUGAGUCUUUUUCAGUAAAGAAACGGUAAAAUGGCGUCAAUGUUGCUUAGUCGGCAGCUUACCUGUUGCCUGCAGCAAAACUCCAGACUGCUGGUAUUUGGACACAGGUAUAUCAGUCAAGCUGCAGCUAAAAUUGAUGUGGAUUUUGAUUAUGAUGGACCUCUGAUGAAGACAGAAGUUCCUGGACCACGAUCUAGAGAAUUAAUGAAGAAGCUGAAUGGCAUCCAGAAUGCAGAAGCUGUGCACUUCUUUUGCAAUUAUGAAGAGAGCCGAGGGAACUACCUCGUAGAUGUAGAUGGCAAUCGCAUGUUGGAUCUCUACUCUCAGAUUUCUUCCAUCCCAAUAGGUUACAGCCAUCCCUCUCUGAUCAAGCUUUUACAGCAGCCACAGAACCUGAGCACUUUUAUCAACAGACCUGCCCUAGGGAUUUUACCUCCAGAGAAUUUUACAGAAAAACUGAAGGAGUCUUUGCUAUCAGUGGCUCCUAAGGGUUUGUCACAGGUGAUGACCAUGUCUUGUGGAUCCUGCUCUAAUGAAAAUGCCUUUAAAGCAAUAUUCAUGUGGUACAGAAACAAGGAGAGGGGCCAUAAUAAUGUCACAAAAGAAGAGCUGGAAUCUUGCAUGAUUAACCAGCCCCCUGGCUGCCCUGACUACGCCAUGCUCUCCUUCAUGGGCGGCUUCCACGGCAGGACCCUGGGUUGCUUAGCUACAACUCACUCUAAAGCAAUUCACAAACUGGACAUUCCCUCACUGGACUGGCCUAUUGCUCCAUUUCCAAGGCUAAAGUAUCCCCUGGAAGACUUUGUGAAAGAGAAUCAACAGGAAGAAGCCCGUUGUUUAGAGGAGGUGGAAGACCUGAUUGUAAAGUACAGGAAAAAGAAGAAGAUUGUGGCUGGAAUCAUUGUGGAACCAAUACAGUCAGAGGGUGGGGACAAUCAUGCUUCAGAUGACUUCUUCAGAAAGCUGCGAGAUAUUGCCAGAAAGCAUGGCUGUGCUUUCCUGGUGGACGAGGUGCAGACGGGAGGCGGCUGCACAGGAAAAUUCUGGGCACACGAGCACUGGGGCCUGGAUGACCCAGCUGAUGUGGUAACAUUCAGUAAGAAGAUGAUGACAGGAGGGUUUUUCCACAAAGAGGAGUUCAGGCCAAAUGCUCCCUACCGGAUUUUUAACACCUGGCUUGGAGAUCCAUCCAAGAACCUUAUGCUUGCUGAAGUCAUUAAGGUUAUUAAAACAGAAGACCUUCUAAACAAUGCAACCCAUGCUGGGAAAGCACUACUGACUGGGCUGCUGGAUCUGCAGGCUCGUUACCCCCAUCUCAUCAGCAGAGUGAGAGGAAGAGGAACAUUCUGUUCGUUUGACACUCCAAAUGAUGCAACUAGAAACAAGUUAAUUACAAUAGCCAGAAACAAAGGUGUUGUCCUGGGAGGCUGUGGAGACAGAUCCAUCCGUUUUCGUCCCACGCUGAUCUUCAAGGACCACCAUGCACACCUCUUCCUGAACAUUUUCAGUGACAUCUUAGCAAACUUCAAGUAAAAAGCAGUUCCCUUGCACUGAACAACUGAUUAUGAAAUUAGUUUGCAUUAAUUCAUGUCUUCUCUACUUGCAAGUGUAAAGUCAUAAACUGAGGUUUGUGUUCUGUCUGUAAUCCUGCCCAAGGCAAGCUGCUCCAUGCACACGUGCCCCAGGCAGAGCGUUGGCACUGGUCACCAGCAGGUACAUGCAGCUGUCCCUCACUGUGCAUCCCCAGAACUUCCCUCCCUCUUCUGGCCUGGGCCAUGCUCACUGCAGAGUGCCCUACAGCCAUGUCCCUGACUCUGCACUGUCUGAGCAGGACCUGGCACAGGCUGUUUUACCACAGGUGACCCUGGUAGAUGUGCAUCCAGAAGCAGCAAGUGUGGCCAAACACUGAGAGCCACACGCCUGCCACACAGAGUGCCGCUCUCUAAUGGCAGCUGGAAUCCAAUCGGUGUUUCAAGGGAAGCUCUGCUUUCCACCACUGCCAAGCACAGUAUUUUACAGAAUAAUUUCCAGCUUUAUUCCCUCGAGUACAGGCAUCUGCCACACCAACUGCAUCAGGGCAGCUCUGCCCAGCCUGCACUCAGCCACACCUACAGCGCUGCAAGUGGCACUGAUGCCCUUGUCCUUUUGUCCUCAUCACGGAUGGGUUUUAAAACUUUUGACUUCUCUUACAAGCAGACUUGUACAGAGAAAACUCUACCCUGAAGUAUGUAAUCUGACAAAGCUUAGAGAACCAUGCAAAGCACAUUCUUGCACUUCUACCAGCAGUCUAGAAUGAUUCCAGAUUAUUUUACUAUUUGCCCAGAACACACAAUAGCCAUUAUUUUAUCUAUUAUAACUUCUACACAAAUAUUUGAGGUAUUUUGUAAAACUAAAGCAGAAAUGCCAUUAUCUGGUAUCAGAGCCACUGCAGUGAAGGCCUAGUCCUGACUGCACAUUUAUAAUGCAAAGUAAUUCUAUUUUUGUUCUAAUAGUAUAUUCUAAGUCAUCAAAACUUCAGAGAUCUUCUAGAAAGCCACAGGAUCAAAAAAUGUGUCAACAGUUCAUUAAUUUGUUUUUCUUCAGAGAAUUGUUUUGGAUGUCUCUUUACUGUUUGCUGAAGGCUGACUUGAACUAGAUCUGGUGCCUUUCUUUUUAUUUUUAUUGGUGAGCAUCUGGAUUUUGUUUACUAAGUUUAACUUUCUGUUGUGCACCAAAAAACAGGGACCACAAUGGACUUUUACAGUUGCCCUUUCAGGACCUGACCACAAUUUUUAAGUGCAUAAGAAACAGAGAAGUUAAAAGAUUUACAUGUUUAAUACAGCUACCAAAAUGUGAAAAGGUUCCUUACCUGCUUUCAGAAGUGUUCACCAUGGUUUUCCCAUUUUAAAAUACUGGUAUUGGGAAAUUCAAGCACAGUCACUUCUGCCAGCUCAAACCCACUGGGAUUUCUGUAAACCUCUGCAGAAAGCAGAAUUCUGGUGCCAGCUGGGCAGAACCUGAGCAGGUUUUUGAACAGAGGUUGUAGAAAUCUGGGGGAAGGACUGGUAAAAAUUGGUGUUCAACAAAACUUCAUUGUCAUCGCUGUCCUCGUAAGCGUAUUAUCAGCAAAAGGAAAGUCAAACCAAGAACUGGAUUUGACAGCAUUUUGGGAAUUAGUUUGUUCAACAUAUCAGUGCAGUAGUUUUAGUGAAUGUCUCUAGCAAGUCUUGUACUUUUACAGAAGCAAAGGUCCAGUAAUUUGAAGUCUUACCACAUCUUCACUUUUAUUAUGACUACUCUAGGUGUUUUUAUAAUUUUUACUGACACUCAGUAACUGUAUAAUUGUGUACAACAUGUUGACGAAAUCGUUAGAGAAUACUUAGAAAGCACUGCAGCUGAAGCAUAUAAAGUUAAUAUUGUUUACAGCAUACUGUAGACAGUGCCAAAUAAAUGUUUAAACAAAUACUUAAGUACACUUCAUGGUGUAACUAGUAACUGUACACAGAUUCAUAACAAAUGACAUCAAUCAUGUGUAAUCAAUAUUCUUAAAUAAAAUAUUUAUAAUUGAA